AUGCCGCGGCCCGACGACCCAUCUGAUCCCAUUGAGUGGAACCCGGAAUCGGUCUUCGUGUCCCACCCCGAGCGAAUAGAGGAGCGCGAGUUAAGCCUGACGUAUCUGGACAUCAUGCUGGACGACAUGGAGGAUAAAGCACCAUGCGGCGAGGAGUUCAGAAGAAAAUCUUCCAUACCCGCCGUCGAGUACUCCUUGGAUCUGUGGCAAUUCCAGAAAUGGAAACGGCGACUCCUGCCCGCAGAUACAAUCGACGUGGUGCUCGGCGCAGCCCUUCUUUGUGUAAACAGCUGCCUUAGUGGCCGGUCCUCGCUGCUGAUUGCGCCAUUUCCGAGUUCCAUGGAGGCAAGAUUCCCCGCGCUUUAUCUGGAAGAAGAGUUUCUGGAAAGAGCGUCGAAGACAAGCCACUGGGCUUACGCAGCACUUCACAAGUUUAAAAGAGACAUCCCCAUCACACUUCUCAAACGGCUGGCUUCGUCGAUGUUCCAAGAGGGCAAGGUCAACAUCGAUGCGCAGGCCAGACACCACCGCCGUGACUUUGUCAUACUGAAGCUUCUUUCCGAAAGCGACGAUCCCUCCGUCGUCUGUUCUUUCAUUCAGGAUACUCUCAAGACGCCGGAGGGUAGCUCAUGGCACCGCCUGCUGCUCAGUGCCGGCCUGCUACGGUCUCUGCCUCCGUGUACAGUCCAGGAUGUCCUCCUGGAGUUCGCAACAACCCUGUUUGGCACGGAUGAGCCAGACCCGGGAGUACAGACCGCGUCGAACCCCGAAGCCCGCCGUCCACACGUCAAGGUCACCACCGUCAAGAUGCUGGCGCAACUCUUGCAAGACGCGCCUUACGCUAGCCCAGGUUUUUCUGUAGAGCUUCUUGGCAGAAUCCUCCGUGGGUCAAAGCACAUUGAUGUUCACGCUGCGGCCUUGGCCAGCUUGGUCGACAUCGGACUAGCCACCGAAUGCGACAACGUCGGGGACAGUGUCAUUGAGAAACUCAGACAAUAUGCUGUCCCGAGAGCGUCUUCUGUUCAUGAAUUCCGUGCAUUACGUGAAGAGCAGUGGCAAGAGGCGGAGCGGAGCGGUGCCGUUCCCGAGAUCUGGGACUCCAUGGAAGAUCCCCCUGUCGUGAGCCUGCUCACCAAAGCCGCAAAGGCCUUCAAAACACAACACGAUUCGGGUGGCAACGGUUUUAUGGACGUUUUCAUGGAAGCUAUGCAGGCUUCUGGUAAUGUACAUCUCCGUUGGAUGGAAGUGUUCAUGGCUAAGCACGGAUACGCGCUCGGAGAGGACGAGCGUCUUCCCGCUGUCCCUUUCCGUGUCAAGGCUCUGAACGACGCCAUGCCAAAAUUCCAGGCCUCUCCUGAAGCGUUUGACACGAUGAAGCGGGUCGGCGCGUUUUUCGACUUUGGCGGCUCCUGGGCCAUCAGACAACUGGCCCGGCUGACUUCGGGCUUCGAGCCCGACGAGGUCGAUAUGGGCGUGGGCGAUGUUGCCGCACUGGAAUCUUUCAUGUGGGAAAUGGUUGACGUGUUCCUGUCAGAAGGUCAGGCUGCAGCACUAACGAGAAUGAUUCAAAUUUACAUCAACAACACACGAUGGUCGAAGGACAUGAGCGCAGCGGAGAGUGUGCUUCAGCGCAUCGUCGACAAGGUCGAUAGCAUGCGAACAGAGGAUUGGCAAGGGGAUUACGAUCGCAAGCCCAGACUCCUACCCAGCACAUUCGACAUCAAGCUAGAGACCCUGCGGAUGUUGUAUUCCUUGAAAGACGACAGAGACAGCGUACCGAUGGAUGAGGAGGACAGGUCGCGACUCGCGACGAAGACCGUGGCCCUGAUCCGCGACAUGGCCGCAAACGAAAUGCCGUACCACAUUGUAUUUGAGAAGCUCAAGGCAAGUUUGGCACGGGAAGCCAGGUCCUGCAUUCAGGUUGCAGUGCUCAUCGGCUCCGUGGACGACCUAGAGCGGCCUGUGAUCUCCGACUACCUCCGGGUUGACCUCGCGGCGGCAAUGCUUGAGCAGAAGACGUAUUUCCACGGCAAGGUGGACAACUGGGACGGUCAUGUUGUUGAGGUGGUGAAGAAGAUGCUCGAUUCGUGGGAAAGAAGUCCCAUUGAGUACAUUCGCAACGCGGCGAGGCCGUUUGGAACAGAGGAGGAUGGCAGGCUUGCAUGA